UAUUUUGGCUGGAUAUUGUCUUAGGAGGUGGUACUAGUGGGGUGGAAUUCCCUCAUGCAGGAGUUUGCACUAAAUGCCUUUACAAAGCUGGAUACUCUGGUAAUAAUAAUAAUAAAAAGCCCCUACCCGGUGGAUGGGGAUGGAGUCUACGGCAUUGAGACCAGGAUUUAUUAACGUGCAAAUUGCUCUGAUAUGAUCACAUACUUUCUGCUUUGCAUACGCAGGGAGCAGCGUGGGCUGAUGGAGUAUGAACUAGCCUGGGAGAUCUUUACGAGCUGAAAUCCUGCACAUCACAGAAGGGGUUGUUUCUCUGCGCAAAACCCGGGAAGCUGUUAGAAACCUGCUUCAAAAAAACAAGUGAACGAAAUACCCAGAGCCAAACGCACCAGACUUCUCCAUGAACUCGCCAUGAAUAUAUUUUUCAUUUUUUUUGACAGAAAUGUGCGUGUAACUUUCUCUGGAGGCACCGAGGAUUUUUGUAGUUGGUCUUGUAGUGUUUUAAAGCUGAGAAACCAGUAGAGUCUUUUCAGCAGUGAUGAGGGAGUGACAAGUCAGAGGUAAGGGUUUCAGAAUGCAUGUUUGUUUAGAUGAAGCUUUUGCAAUGUGGGCUGCUAAUGAGGAACGCAAGCCUUGUCAGCAUCCGACUUGCGGGUUUGCCUUGUGCAAUGUGGAUAAUGAGUUCAGACAAUGAAAGCUGUGAGAAAUCGCAGCGCGAUCUGUUGGGAUCCCCGUCUCCCCCACCCCAAGGUGUGUGGGGCUGUGCAGGGAAGCUGGGCUGCUGCGCGCUGCCCCAGCCACUGUCUUACCUUCCCACACCCGGGAAGGGGAUGCGGAGACUUAGUCGCAAUAUUGAUCGGUUCGCUGGAGCUCGUUGCUGAUACUGGACCAGCGCCGGGGUCCUGGCGGCUGCGGUGCAGAGGCUGAGAGCUGCGCCGUGGCUGCAGUGCCCUGCCUGCUCCCCACCGACUCCAGGGACAGCAGUGUGCUGAGCAAUGAGGGGACCAGGCAGUUAAGCAGGUGCUGUCUCAAUAUCGUGGUGGUCUCGCCUAACUCAGCCUCCUGCAGAGGACGGCAGCCAUGGGGGCACAGCAGGCACCUGGUGGGUGCGGGUUCCUGUGAGCACAUUUGGAACCUGCCAGCAGCUAACGCUCGCUGCCGGAGCCCCAGAUGGGACUAGAGCCCAGCUCCUGCGCUCCUCACGGGGAUGAAGGUAGAGCCAUGUUACCUGCUACCUAAGCUCGCUGUCGCUGCUGUAGUGUGUGGAUAUGGUCCCGUACCAGGCUUUGCGCACAGACUCUCAGCUCUGAUCCAGCCCGAGACGUUCUAGCGGCAGCAGAGGGAUCCCCAGCUGUGGAUCGGCUCCUCCAACCACCCUGCCACGGAGGGGCCGCAGCGCUGGAGCGUUACUAUGCAGCUUGGACUGUUUGUGGUGGUGGUUUUUCUAAGCUCAAUGGAUCUAACAGGCAGCAGCAAAGUGGUGAAGGGCAAGAGGCAAAGACGAAUCAGCACCGAGCUGAGCCAGGGCUGUGCCAGAGGCUGCGACCUGUGCUCCGAGUUCAACGGGUGCCUGAGAUGUUCCCCCAAACUCUUCAUCCUUCUGGAGAGGAAUGAUAUCCGGCAAAUUGGGAUUUGCCUGCCAUCUUGUCCACUGGGAUACUUCGGCCUUCGUAACACAGACAUGAACAAGUGCAUCAAAUGCAAAAUUGAGAACUGUGAGUCCUGUUUCAGUCGAAACUUUUGCACAAAAUGUAAGGAAGGUUUGUAUUUGCACAAAGGGAGAUGUUACGUCACAUGCCCCGAAGGCUACUCCGCUGCCAAUGGCACCAUGGAGUGCAGCAGUCCUGCACAAUGUGAAAUGAGUGAGUGGGGGCCCUGGGGGCCCUGCUCCAAGAAGAGGAAGCUCUGUGGUUUCAAGAAGGGCAAUGAGGAGCGAACGCGGCAGAUUCUGCAGGCUCCCUCUGGAGACGUGUCCCUGUGUCCCGCCACCACGGAGCUGCGACGAUGCACCGUGCAGAAGAACCAGUGCCCCGAAGGGAAAAGGAAGAAAAAGGAAGAGCAAGGAAAGCAAGACAAUGCGAAUGGGAACAGAAAUCGGAAAGACACCAAAGACGCUAAGUCUGGCACCAAGAGGAGGAAGAGCAAACAGAGAGGGGCCGUGGUCCCCGUGACGUCCGCCAGCCCUGCCCAGUAGCUGCCCCUUUUCGUCACCUGAUGGCAAGACUUCAUUGCUGCUAUGUAUAUGAAAGCUUUAAUGAACCAGAGCACUGCUACACAACACGUACACAUGUCCAGAAAGACAGACAUAUACUCCCAGACCGACCCACAGACCCAAUGGAAACCACAUACACAAUAUUUAAGGAGGCUGCAGACGCGCGCGCUGCCCGGGAGCGCGGAAGGACGCUGCCGAGGAGCGGGACGGAGCGAAGCCCGGCUCCCUGGGGCUCGCGGGGACGCUGCGGGGAGCAGAGGUGCGGGGGGAGUCCGCCAAGGACCCAGACGCGAGACUUCAUGACCAAAGGCCUCAACUCGAGACCGGCCCCAGCACUGGUGCAGCAAGCGGGACGAGACUGGACCCGCACGGCCGCUCUGCCCAACGGGGACCUGGACUCGCAUAAAGGCAGCGGCCUCUUUCUCUUCUCCCCACCCUUUAUUUUGUGUUUUAAGCUGUAUGACUUUAUCAUUGCGAAUACAUGUUAAACGUUUGUGGUAAGAGGUCAGUGGUAUCUGCCCUGAAUCUGCUUCAAAGAGUUAUUUCAAAUUAAAAAAACAAAAAAAAUAAUCAAAAUGACAACCAG